AUGGGCACUCUUGGUUUCCUCUUGCCUUGGCACAUCGACGAUUUCAAGAGUGCUCUGCGGGAUCUCCUCGAGAGUAGGGUGACCCUCUUGUUGCGGAUGAGGCUACGGCAGAGUAUCCACCAGGCGGACGGCGAGGAGGUGGGAAAGGGAGGAGAGAUCCACUUGAUGAACGAGGUCGCGCUCCAUAGAGGGCGUGAGCCUCACAUGACGACCAUUGAUGCCUUUGUCGAUGGGAGGCAUCUCACUCAAGCCAUUUCAGACGGCUUGAUCAUUGCCUCCCCAACCGGGUCGACGGCAUACUCCCUGUCGGCAGGCGGGCCGAUUGUGCAUCCUUCAGUCCAAUCCCUCCUGUUAACGCCAAUCUGCCCACGAUCGUUGAGCUUCAGGCCUGUGUUGCUGCCCAGCGACUCGACCAUCCAGCUGAAGAUUGCCCGCCACUCGCGGUCGGCAGCGGAGCUGACCAUCGAUGGUCGGGAGAUCCAGACGCUUACGCCAGGCCAGUAUCUGCAGAUCAGCAUGUCUCCCUUCCCGAUCCCGUGCGUGAAUCGUGCUUCCUCUUCAGCACAGCCUCAUCGCCGAGGUGCAGGUCAGGAGGCGGAGCGCAACAAUGAGCCGCGAUUGAUCGAGGGUAGUCGAGCGAUUGGAGCCAAUCCGGAUCGGGGAGAGGACGAUUGGGUCAAGGACAUCAAUACCUUGUUGAGGUUCAAUGCCUCCUUUGCUGGGCGGGGACUGUUGGGUAGCGCUGAGGAAGAGGACCACAGCGAGUCUAAGAAUAGAGAUGGCGGUACACGCUAA